AUGCAGGCCGUCUCCAGCUGGAUCAGGUCGUGCGAGCAAGCAGCAGUGGAGGUGCAAUCGGUUCCCGCUCUUCCUGUUGUCGCUCUCCUGGAAGAAGCUGCGUCAACAGAUGCAGAGGCUGAGAAAGCAGAGGAGACUGAGAACGCAGAGGAAGCAGAGAAGGAGGAGGAACCGAAGGAGCCGAAGAGGAAAGCUUAUUCGUUCCUGGAGCUGCUUGCUCAAGAGGACGCUGUUGCCUCACAUACCUCCUCAGUUGACUCAAUUUCCAAGAUUAAUUCUUCCUCAGCCAAGGUUGCGGCCUGCACUGCGACCGUUGGCUUGACCACGGAGGUAGUUGGUGUGAAGAGGGGAAUUGGCCGAGGCGUUUCCAGGAAUGGGAAGGGAUGGAGCACUUCCAGCCUCUGCUCCUCGUCCUCUGCUGAUACGUUCGGCAGCUCUGCUGGCUUAACAAAAAAAUACUCAGGGGCUGGUAAGGGAGUAUCCAGCACUGGGAAGGAAUGGAGCAUGAAGGUGAAUAGAUUUGGGAUGGCAGAGGGAGGAUGGACUGUUUCUAACCAGUUGUAUGGGUGUGAUGAUGAGGAGGAAGAGGAGGAGGAGGAUGACAGCAGCAGGCAAGGGUCCAAGAUUUCUGGGACUGGAACAAUGUGCUACAUGAAUCAGCUGUACAUGGAUGAGGAAGAGGAGGAGGAGAGGGAGGCAUUGGCAGCAUCAGGCAUAUCUGUUGGCAUCGGCAGGUUUGGAGCCAGGCGAAGAAUAACCGGCUCUAGCAGCCGGGUCACUCUUAGGAGAAUCAGUGGUGCCUUGAGACAAUAUUAG